AUGGCGCCCAGUUUCGAACAACUGUCCGAGCAGGAUCUCCACGAAGAGGAGGAGGAAGAGAUUGAUUUCUCCGAUCUCAAAGCGCAAUUCGAAGUCAAAGCCGAUGAGGGCCUGGACACAUUCGUCGUUAUCGAUGGCCUCCCCGUUGUGCCCGAGGACAGCAAACAGAAGCUCAUCAAGUUCUUAUUGAGAAAACUCAACACCGUUGGCAACACCUCCGAAGAUGCUGUUUUCAUGCCCGUUAGCGACAAGGGCAUGUCCGAAGGAUUCGCUUUCGUCGAGUAUGAAACCCCCGAACAAGCCGUCGCCGCCGUCAAGCAGCUCCACGGUGUCCCCCUCGACAAGAAGCACACUCUGGCCGUGAACAAGUUGAUGGAUAUCGAGCGCUAUGGUCGGGAAGGUCGUGUCGAUGAGGAGUACCAGGCCCCGCCGGUUGAGCCUUUCAAGGAGAAGGAGCACCUGCGCUCCUGGAUGGGCGACUCCAGCGCUCGCGAUCAGUUCGCCCUCUACCGCAACGACAAGGUGGGCGUGUUCUGGAACAACAAUGGUCCCCCCAAGGGUACCUUCCUCGCCUCCGUCCACCCCCAGGGUGUCCAACUUUGGGGCGGCGCCUCUUUCUCCAAGCAAAAGCAAUUCCCCCACCCCUUCGUGCAACUUAUUGAAUUCUCGCCUCUUGAGGGCUACUUGACGACAUGGUCGGCUCGCCCGAUCCAGGUCGAGGAGGGCCAACCCAUUCUGACCAACGAGGAGGAUGGAAAGAACAUCAUCGUCUGGGAUAUUGAGUCUGGCAAGCCCCUCCGGUCUUUUGUCUCCCACGAUCUGGCCGCCCCUCCAACCGGUGAGGAGGAUGUUGCGCCCAAGAAGAAGGUCCAGUGGCCCGCUUUCAAGUGGUCUGCGGAUGAGAAGUACGUCGCCCGUAUGCUCCAGGGUCAGUCUCUCUCAAUUUACGAGGUACCCAACAUGAACCUGGUGGGCCGUACAUCGGUCAAGAUUGAAGGUGUCAGCGACUUCGAGUGGUCACCCGCCACCGUCACCCGUGAGGGUGUCAAGCAGUACGAACAGCUCCUCUGCUUCUGGACCCCCGAGAUUGGCAGCAACCCUGCUCGUGUGGCUAUGAUGAGCGUUCCCUCCAAGGAGAUCGUCCGUACCCGUAACCUGUUCAAUGUCUCCGAUGUUAAGCUGCACUGGCAAUCCCAGGGUGCCUACGUUUGUGUCAAGGUCGACCGUCACUCCAAGUCCAAGAAGUCCAUGGCCACCAACCUCGAAAUUUUCCGCGUGAAGGAGAAGGGCGUUCCCGUUGAGGUUGUUGACAGUCUUAAGGACACUGUUAUCAACUUCGCCUGGGAGCCCAAUGGAUCCCGUUUCGUUCUCAUCACUACUGGUGAGGCCCCUGCCGGUGCCGCCGUUGGCCCCAAGACUGGUGUUUCCUUCUUUGCUACGGAGAAGAAGGGCAGCACCGCCGGCAACUUCAAGCUUGUGCGAACUGUCGAGAAGAAGACCAGCAACGGUAUCUACUGGUCGCCCAAGGGACGUUUUGUUAUCGUCGCCACUGUCCACUCCCAGUCCAGCUUCGACCUGGACUUCUACGACAUGGACUUCGAGGGUGAGAAGGUUGAGGCCGAGAAGGAUCUUGCUGCCAACCUUCAGUUGAUGAAGACUGUUGAGCACUACGGUGUGACCGACGUCCAGUGGGACUCUACUGGUCGCUACGUCGUCACCAGCGCUAGCGUGUGGACUCACUCAAUGGAAAACGGCUGGAACCUUCACACUUUCUCCGGAAACACUCUUUCCGAAAACCCCACCGAAAAGUUCAAGCAGUUCCUUUGGCGGCCGCGCCCCCCUACCUUCCUCAGCAAGGAGGAGCAGAAGCAGGUGCGCAAGAAUCUGCGCGAGUACUCCAAGGAGUUCGACGAGGAGGACAAGUAUGCCGUCGAUAUUGCCAACACAGCAGUUGUCGAGACACGCAAGCGUGUUCUCAGCGAGUGGGUCGCCUGGAUUCGCCGGGAGAAGGAGAUUCAAGCAGAGGAGAAAGAUGUCUUUGGUCUUCCCGAGGACGCCGACUCGCCCAAGCACGCUCGGGAUGCACCCAUCGGCGGCUCGGACGAAGGCGAGGCCGUGGUCGAGGAGAUUGUGGAGGAAAUCAUCGAGGAGACCGAGGAGGUUAUCGGUUGA